AGAAGAAAGGUUUGAAGUAAGGUAUAUUAAUCAAGUCGUAAAAAGUCUCAUUCUUUACCCUCAUCACUCAUACAGAAACCUAUACUUAAACAACGAAUGGCUACAAAUAACUCUGGAUUUGCUCUUUCAGCAACAUCCAAGCCAUUCAUACCUCCACAAAUUGGAUCAAACAUUUCUUCUUCCGGAUCGACAUUGCCAAAGAAUGAGCAUGAUGGCAAGAACAGAGAAGAUAAUAACACAAACGGUAGUACAGCCAAUAAGUCUUCCACCUCUUCUCGAGGUCGUGGGUCCAACAGAGGAAGGGGCAGAGGUACAGGUAGAGGUAGAGGCGGUGCCAGUAAUGUAGCAGGAAGGGAGGGAAGUGGCGAAUCGAGUAAAGUGAAUGCAGCGAAAGAAGAUGGCACUAAACACAAUUCAAGUAAUACCACUGCAUCGAAUGUACAAAAUGGUCAAGCAAAGAACGCAAAUCGGAACGGAAAGGGAAAAGCGAACGAUGAAGAUGAUACAGGCAAACGGAAAGGCGGAAAGCCAAAUGGAAAGACAGAAGAGGCUACACAAAGGAAAGGCGGCAAUCAAAAGCAAGGUAGAAAAUUCGCUGGUAAGCUAACUUCCAAAGCAGAUGAAAUAGAAGAUGAAAAUGCAGUAGAUAAGCUUCAAAUAACACAAUUAGCAAUCGAAACGAGCGAUUUACGAUCUCGAUUGGUAUUGGAAUUAUCGACUGGUCAAUAUGAUUGUGCGAUUUGCUAUUCGUGCGUUACGACAAAGAGUGCGAUAUGGUCUUGUCAGCAAUGUCACUCAGUUUUACACUUACCUUGCGUAAAGAAAUGGGCACUUUCAAGUGUUGAAAAGGUGGAAGCACAAAAUGCAAUGCAAGAUGACGCUUCGAUGCGAUCAAGGAAAGGUACAUGGAGAUGUCCAGGCUGUCAAUUAUCCCAUACGCGAGAACAAAUACCGAGCAUAUACAAAUGUUGGGAUGGAAGGGUGAUCGAACCUCAAGGCGGUAAGGGUAUUCCACCUCAUUCGUGUGGAAAGCCAUGUGCGAAAGGGAAAUGUAUGCAUGGUUGUGCGGCUGGCGUUUGUCACCCGGGUCCUUGUCCGCCUUGUCCGAUCACUGUCACGAAAGGCUGUUUCUGUGGAUCACAAAAAGUUUCACUGAGAUGUUCGCAAAUGCAAUCUAGUCCAACUUCCGAACCGACCGGGGUCAGCUGUGGUAAAACAUGCGGAAAGCAAUUAGCCUGUGGUCAGCACCCAUGUGACCGAAUAUGCCACUCGGGACCUUGUGGACAAUGCGAGGAAGACGUACUGUCGAAAUGCUAUUGUGGACGGAAGGAAAAGCAAAUGAAAUGCGGAAGUGGUGAUGUGAAACAGAGUACAACGGAAGACGGAAUAGAAUGGAAGGGAAGGUGGCGCUGUGAAUCCGAAUGUGAUCGUUUAUUCGAUUGUGAGAUACAUCAUUGCAAGAAGCAAUGUCACGUUCAAGAGCAAGCACCUUCACCUUGUCCAUUCUCACCACUGUUCAUUCAAUCCUGUCCUUGCGGUGCUGAACAACUUAAUGCGAAUAGAUCUUCCUGUCAAGAUGAAGUCAAGACUUGUAGCAACACAUGCGGCAAAUCGUUGGUAUGCGGCCAUCAAUGCUCUUCGAAGUGUCAUCUGGGUGCAUGCCCUCCAUGUACUGUACCAGUUGUGACACCUUGCCGUUGCGGAGAGACGAAGAAGCAACUUACAUGUCAUGAAAAGCAACGCGAAGAAGCUGAAGGUGGUCAAGAGAUUCUAUGCCAGACUGUCUGUCGCUCGGUUAGAUUAUGUGGCAAGCAUGAAUGUCGCAGAAGAUGUUGUCCCUUAUACUUCCAAGCAAAGAACAAGAGUAAAAGAAAGCCAACUUAUGACGAAUUAUUGGAACAAGAUCCAGCAGGCUAUCAUACAUGUGAUCAUACAUGCGGUAAGCUCUUAUCUUGUGGCUUACAUCGAUGCGAGAAUGCUUGUCAUCGAGGUCAAUGUCCUCCUUGCUUGCAAGCUUCAUUCGAUGAAAUAAGCUGUCACUGUGGUCGGACAGUCUUGGAGCCCCCCGUACCUUGCAGUACUCGUGUUCAAUGUCACUUUCCAUGUGCACGACCACCGCCCGAAUGCAAUCAUCCACAAGUCAGUCACGAUUGUCAUGGCGAUGACGAAAGUUGUCCGCCUUGUAUAUUCUUGGUGGACAAAGCUUGUAUGUGUGGUAAGAACGUUGUUUCAAACGUGCCAUGUCAUCGGUCGAGGGUAUCUUGUGGUCAAACAUGCAAUACAGUCUUACCUUGCGGUUUUCAUCGUUGUUCUUCGCUUUGUCAUGAACAGGGCAAUUGUGGACCCUGUCAACAAAUGUGCGGUAAGCCAAGAAAGUGUGGCCAUCCUUGUUUGGAUGCUUGUCAUGCGCCUGCAGCUUGUUCUGAAGCAGAAUCUUGUCCGGCUUGGGUUACACUGUUGUGUGCAUGCGGCAAUAUUCAACAAAGGGUUCGUUGUGGUUCAUCCUUGCACAAUCCUGUGGAACCUGAUCGUACACUGCAAUGUACGGAUGCUUGUCUUUUAGCACAGAGGAAUGCUAAGCUUGCCGAAGCAUUCGGUUUGAGUACUGCGCAACAUCAAGCGAGACAACAGCCAAGCGAGUAUCCGAUGUCAACAUUGACGUUCUAUGGAACGAAUUCAACAAUUCGUAAAUGGUGCGAGGAAAUUGAGAAUACACUCACCGAAUUGAUCCGAUCAAAUCGACAUGCGAUCAUCUUGCAACCCACAAAUGCAACUCAACGUCAAUUUAUGCAUGAUCUGGCCAACGUUUUCCGUUUACAAUCUGAAGAUGUAGAUGAAGAGCCUAGAAGGUCAGUUGCUAUUCGUCGUUCGAUCAACGCUCAUGUGCCUACGCCUACACUUUCGGAAGCUUAUAGACAACAUCAAGAGACUUUGGCAAGAUUGCGUCCUACAGCCUUGGGACCUUUGAAAAGAGGACCGGCCAAUUCGGGCAAAUCUACUCCAGGAACUGUUACGCCAACUGGAGGCAAUGCAUGGGGAACGUCAUCCGAACAACAAAUGAAUGCGUUGAUGCUACGUGGCGUGUUUGGAAUCGAUGAGAAAUCUUUGACGGAAACUAUCCGUAAGAUGGCUGGUGUUCCGAUUCAUGUUCGUUGGAUGAACGAAGAAGAUGUGAUUGUUUUGAUCUCAAAUACAUCUACGGCUAAAUUGCACGUCCUUCGAAAUGAUAUUCGCAAUGUUGCUUUAUUGAAUGACGGAUCUUCGCGGUUAGCAAGUGACGUAACUGUUUGUCUUUGCGAUGAACGUGGAAAGGUAUUACGAUUCGAUUCAAAUUCAGGCCAAGACCAUUCUGCUUCGUCAGCAUCUAGGGGAAUCUUGAACCGUAAUGGCUCUGCUUCGGCUGCUUGGUCCGCCACAACCACGAGCAAGCCUACAAGACCUAUGGGAUCGGGUUGGGCGGCUGUUGCUGCUACAGCUCCCGCAGCUCAGUCACCUCGUCCUAAAGCAAGUGCUUGGGGUACGGCAGCACCGAUACCCUCAAUUAGCAGCGCAUCGAUGGACAGACCAUCUUCAAUCAAUCCUCCAACCACCAGUGCAGCUGUAGAGCCAGAACGAGUUGAUACAGCAAUUGUACCGGAAGCAUGGGACGAUACAAGCUUGAGCUAAGAAAGUAUUGUAGUCAAUGUAUCAAUGAAAAUAGUGUUUGCAUUGGGAGGCGAAAGUUGUAAUGAUACAGUAAUAAGAGAAUCUAGGUUUCUGAAAUUGUGUUAAAAGUCAUGUGUCAUUGUAUGUGAUUUAAU